AAAUGAAUGUAAUUUGGUUGUAAGAUAGACGUUAGAAAAUUAGAUAUGUCUUUGUAUUCAGCCCAUCAUGAUAGUUUCAUUGUAACUGUCGCUUCUUGCACACUUACCCAUGAGCAGUCACAUACAAACCACACCAGGGUAAAGACACCGGAACCUCAGCACCUUUUCACAGGGUUUAUUUUAAGAAUUGCACUACUGUGCAGUGACUAGUGGGUAUGUUUACCCACCACUGGUACAUUCAAUAAUAAGGUUUAUAAGUUCUGAGAAUUUUCUGUUAAGUUGUCAUUCCUGACCCUGGUGUGUGUCUGGCAUGUUCAUUUUCCUUCUUGUAAAUAUUUAUAAAGGUGCAUGUUGUGGUGAGCUAAUACCAAUCAGACUCAUGAGAGAAGAUGAGGUGUUUGUCGAUAACUCUGCUGUUCCUGGCUACAAUGCUGCUUGCUCAAGUCACCUGUCAACUGUCUGGCCCUUCAACCUGCCCUUGUCUCAAGACUUCAGAAACUGUUCUCCGCAAGGAAAAUAUCAGAAGUUACAAGAUACAAAAAGCACGUGUCUGCCAAAUUGUUGCCAUUCAAUUUAAAACAGUCAGAGGAUUGACUUUUUGCUCCGAUCCACGAAAGCCUUGGGUGAAAAGAGCCAUAGAAUAUGUGGACAAGAAGAAGAAUGCAAAUAAAACGACAGCACGUCCCAAAAACUCUAAAUCAACAACAACAGAACUGAAUACAACAUCACACUGGAAUAGACGGGAUGAACUAGGAGCUUCUUCACCUGAAUUUAUUAACAAAGGAAGUGGAUUUUCAUAUUGUCCUUGUCUCAAGAUGUCAGAAACUGUUCUCCACAAAGAUAAGAUCGAAAGUUACAAAAUUUAUGAAGCAGGUGUCUGCCAUAUUGAUGCUAUUGAAUUUAAAACAGUUAAUGGAUUAAGUUUUUGUUACGAUCCACAAAAUCUUUGGGUGAAAAGAGCCAUGCAAUUUGUGGACGAGAAGAAGGCAGCAGCAACUGAAACAACAGCACGUCCCAUAAACUCUGCAUCAAAAUUUAAAACAGAAUCAAUGCUAAAUACAUCAUCACACUGGAAUAGACAGGAUGAACUAGGAGCUUCUUCACCUGAAUUUAUUAAUGAAGGAAGUAGAUUUUCAUAUUGUCCUUGUAUCAAGAUGUCAGAAACUGUUCUUCACAAAGAAAAUAUCGAAAGUUACAAGAUUUAUGAAGCAGGUGUCUGCCAUAUGGAUGCUAUUGAAUUUAAAACAGUCAAUGGAUUAACUUUUUGUGCCAAUCCACAAAAUCUUUGGGUGAAAAGAGCCAUGCAAUUUGUGGACGAGAAGAAGGCAGCAGCAACUGAAACGACAGGACGUCCCAUAAACUCUGCAUCAAAAUUUAAAACAGAAUCAACACUAAUAACAACAUCCCACUGGAAUGGACAGGAUGAAACAACUACUUCACCUGAGCUAGCUGAAUUUGCUUACAUGUGUCUGUAAUUUGUGCCAGUUUAUUUGCCCUUGGUUAGUUUGCAGUGUAUAGUAUAUUCCCCCUCCCCCCACUUCACAACACUUUAAAAGUGGAGUCUGUAAAUUUUGAAAAACACUGUUUGGAAGUUAGUCAGGCCGACACCAAUAACAAACGUGUAACCAAUCAGCAUUAGGGGCGUAUGAUGGUCGAGGAGAGAGAACAAGCAAGAGGGAGAUUUAAAAAAAGAAAGACACAAUACAAAAGAGCUCAAAAGAAUAUCACUGGAAUGAAGGUUUAUGACUGGGCAAGUGCUUUAGGACCCACGUUUGUAUUAGAAAAGCUUUCCAGCUCUGGAGAGAGCUAAGUGGGAAGGCCUGAAAACAGAUGCGGGGGCUGCUUUCAUUUCACUUCUCAUGUGAGUACCACUGGGUUUGAUUGUAUGGAGUUGCUGCACUGUUGGCGACUAACAAUGAAAACUUUGUAUGUACUCUUGAAGCAUUUUGUUGCGCGUCAGCUGUGAUAAACAGACAUCCACUCUCGCAUUGCAACAGUAACAGUGGCCAGAUCGUGAGAGUUGGGCAGGUAAACCACUGCGCACUGAUGACUGUUAGAGAAUGUGUUGUUUAGCGUCAUUGUUAGUGCACUUGCCUUGCCUGCCAGUAGCGGACGGGCUGGGGUUCGAGACCGACUUGGAGCAGGGUGGUUAGGAUUGGAGUGUGACUUUUGGAGGCGGAGCAAUGAAGAGAGGGGUGGGUUUGUUUGGGUUGAUUUCAAAUAUCAACAAUGUCCAACAGCGUUGUUCAAAAUCUACUUAUCCCACCUUUAAUUUUGUGUUUCACUAAUGCAUUUACUGGCAGUAACCUGAUGAAACAGAACAUAAAAUUUUUAAUCCUGAAAAAUGUGAUGAAGAGCAUACCAUUAUCCCUUGUGUGUAAUUUUCCAAUAAUAAAAUAGCACAUGUUAAAUGUUUAGGCAUUGCA